UGUGAUUACAGAUUUGCUAGAAAUGAUAAAUGCGGUCAUAUUAAAGUUUUAAUGCAACUGACAGCGAGAAAAGCUGCAUAAAAAAAAUUUGUUAAAAACCUGCGAAAAUAGACCGGGUGCAACGAAGAACAAAAGUGUCCUAAGAUAAAAAAAAUAUAUAAAUAAUUAUCUAAAAUUUAGUGAAAACUGCUAAAGCCUUUAACCAAAUAAUUAAAAAGUGAAAGUUUCAAUAAAAUAGAAGAAAAAUUCAUAAAGUGAAUUAAAAAACUUUGCCAAAAUUUUCAUGCAUCAGAAGUUUUGAUACCUAUCUGCACAUCUUUCGGGUUUUAUCGUCGCGUGUGUAUUUUCAUAAAAUUUCCCCGUUUCCCAUUGCGUUUCGUUUAUCGAGUGCUAUUUGCCCCAUUAAUAGUUUAAAUGUAUUAUAAGCGUUUUAUGGUCCUUAGGCCCGCCCCAUUGAGGGCUGGCGGCAAUCCAUGGAGUAUUCCAGAGCAACUAUAAUUGGCGAAAAUUGUGAAACACUUGGAUCUAGGAUACAUUUGAAUAUUUCUGGCAAUAGCAAUAGUAGCAGUAGUAGCUGCAGUGAAACGGCUUCUCUGUAUUCCACGCUAAAUCAAGAAACAUAUCACAAUUUUGCCAUAGACCAAGGAUUGGACCAAGGAGAAUUGGGUGUUUUAUCAUCAUCGGUAAUAUCAUCAUCAACAACAGCAGUAGCAGUAGCAGAAGCAGCGGCUACCACCCAACUAACAAACAUAGCAGCUGCAGCAGCAUCAAGUGCAGCUGCUGCCGCUCAAGCAAACAGAAUAUCAUCAUCAUUGUCAUUGGCAUCAUCUUCAUCAUCAUCGUCAUCAUCGUCGUCAUCAGCAUCGACAUCGUCUUCAAACUCAUCACCAUCGUUGACACCACCCACACCCAUCAGUUUACCGGAGCAAUCACUAAGUCCAGAUGGUCAGGCAUCAAUAAGUUCCACAGCAUCGGCAGCAUCCAGUGGUGAUACCAGAACAACAACUGUCUCAGAACACCAGCAACAGCAGACUCUUCAUCAACUGCAACAGCAACAGACCCAAUCGCAGCAACAACAAUCACAACAACAACAGUCACAACAGCAGCAACAUCAACAAUCACAGCCCUUUGCCAUAAACGAUUCCAAUUCGAAUAGUGCUGUGGCCAAAUCCUUUGUCCCUUGUAAAGUUUGUGGUGACAAAGCUUCGGGCUAUCAUUACGGUGUAACAUCCUGUGAAGGUUGUAAGGGUUUCUUUCGACGCAGCAUACAAAAACAAAUCGAAUAUCGUUGCUUAAGGGACGGAAAGUGUUUGGUCAUACGUUUGAAUCGAAAUCGUUGCCAAUAUUGUCGUUUUAAGAAAUGUCUUUCAGCUGGUAUGAGUCGAGACUCUGUGCGUUAUGGUCGGGUACCAAAACGUUCACGUGAGCUGAAUGGCGGCGGCCAGCCAUCAUCCACAGAGGAUCCAAACGCUGUUGUUGUAGUUAAUUCGUGUGAUUUACGGCGUGUCAGCACUCCGGGAACACCGAAUACACCACAAACUCCACAAAUGUGUUCCAUAGCAUCAUCGCCAUCUGAACUAGGAGGCUGCAAUGCCACCACCACUAAUAACAACACCAACUCAUCACAACUGGUUGUUGGCGUUGGAGGCGGCGGCGGUCCCUCCAAUGGCAGCGGCGGCAUGGUGGUCGGCGUAGGCAUAGGUAAUUCGGGCAACAUCAAUUCCCAGCAAUUGACCACAGUGCACGAGGGUCAUCAUCAUGCGCUCCACCAUCAUCAUCAUCAUUCACAUCUUCAUCACCAUGAUGCGACGACGGCGGUAGUGGCGGCGGCUACUAUGAUGGCCGCCGGCAAUAAUGGCACUGAACUAUCCGUAUACGAUGUAAUCAUGUGUGUUUCCCAGGCCCAUCGCAUGAAUUGUGCCUACACCGAGGAACAGACAAGAGAUUUAAUGCGUCGGCCCUUAAAUGUACCGCCCAAUGGUUUAAUUUCUUCGGUAUCGGAGAGUAUGGAAUUUCAAAAAAUGUGGCUUUGGCAACAGUAUGCGGCGCGUGUCACUCCAAAUGUGCAACGCAUUGUGGAAUUUGCCAAACGUUUACCUGGAUUCUGUGAUUUUACCCAAGACGAUCAACUGAUACUCAUCAAAAUGGGCUUCUUUGAGACAUGGCUAACGCAUGUGGCCCGUCUGAUCAAUGAUUCGACGUUGACCUUCGACGAUGGCACCUAUUUGACUCGGCAACAUUUGGAGAUCAUCUAUGAUAGCGAUUUUGUGGCUUCACUCUUCAAUUUUGCCAACACCAUCAACGUUUAUGGCCUCAGCGACACAGAGAUUGGCUUAUUCUCAGCCAUGGUCUUGCUGGCAUCCGAUCGACCUGGCAUAUCCGAGGCAAAAAUGAUUGCACGAACACGAGAGCGCAUAACCGAAGCAUUGAGAGUGCAAAUUGUACGAUCACGCAAUGGAACAACACAGGCACUGCAACUGAUGCCGGCUCUCGAGGCUAAAAUACCAGAACUGAGAUCGUUGGGCCUGAAACACAGUGCUCACUGCAAUUGGUUGAGGAUAACAAAGCCAAGGUUGCCACCUUUAUUUGCGGAAUUGUUUGACAUUCCCAUGGAGGAUGAGAACUAAAGAGAAAACAAACAAACAAACAAAAACAAAAAUGCCAAUACAACCAUUUACAACUAAGCACACAGACUAGGCCACAACAAAACACAAUAACAAGUACGGGGAGAAAGAUGAACAUUUUAGGGGUUGCCAAGCCCAAAGAAUAAAAAAAGCUGAAGGAAGAAGAAAUACAUAAGAGAAAACAAACAAAAUUAAAUAAGACUAUUACAUUUAAAUUUAUGAAAUAAAUCAAGGAAAACAAAA